GAAGAAAUGACUAUGGAGGAGAUUUUGAAGAUAAAGCCAUAAAGAUUUUCGUGAUCAUAGUUGGCAUGUACAGUAAAGAUGGAGUGAUGAAGAUACUGAAAAAUAUUGAUGCCUUGCAGGUGCGUACACUGUAAAAUGGAAGAAGGGUCAAACAGUGUUACCAUAGGUGGGGAUGUGGAUCCUGCAGUGGUGAUUGCAAAACUGAGAAAGCGUGGCAAGAAAUCCCAGCUAGCAGCGGCAGCAGAUUCUCUUGCCAGUAACAAAGAUGAUGCCAGUGGUGUUAGCAGUACGGUGGGGAAGCAAAAGAAAAUGGUACAGAAACUCCAACCGCAGCCUCCACUGCAACCACCCAAAGGUGGAGAUCUGCCACCGCUUCUGAAAUCUCCACAGCAGGUGAUGAAGGCUCCCCAAUCCACUUCUACUACACAUUUCCCUUGUCCUUCCGUGCCCACGCUUCAGAAAAGUUCUGAGCCUGCCACUGAUCAUGGUGCUGGGGGCAGCAGCAGCAGCGUUAUCAGUAAGAUAGAGAAGCAAAUGAAAAAGGUACGGCAGCUGCUGCUACAGCAGCCACCGCCACCCAAGGGUGAAGAUCUCCAAUUGCUUUAGAAAUCUCCAGAGCGGGUGAUGAUGGCUCCCCAAUGCACUUCUACUGGUGUAAGUGCUUCCAACACAAACCCAACCCAAGAGUCUCUCAAACUCGACUUGCCUGGGGAUUGUGGAAGGACCAAACCCGCUCCCUUUCCAUCUGCGGCCCCAUUUCGAAAAAGCUCUGUGCCCACCACUGAUUUUGGUGCUGCAGGUCAGACUCUGAUAGGGAGUGGAUCACAACAUGCUAGUGGUAUCACCAUUGGAGCGGGGGGUGGCGGUUCGAUUCCAGUAAUGAGUAUAGCUCAGGGGUGAAUGCCGAUGGGUAAGAGGGCUCAAAUGAGAAAUAUCCCUAUGGCUCGCAUUCCUCCACCACCAGCCCCACUAUUAUCCAGCGCCGGUUGUGCCAAGGGUCUUCGGAAAGAGGACGAAGGCAAAGGCAGUGGACUUUUGCAAGGAGGACAUGGCAUUGGGUGGUAUAACCAUGAAGUGGUUGUACCUCCCGAUGUUUAUGAUGCGCCUCCUCUGGAAGCUUCGUGCCUUCGUCUUUCUCCAACAGCCAUCCUCUCUACCAUAAACCAGAUCCUUACUAUUCAUAUUUCAGUGAUGAGAACGCUACUAAUUGUUUGUUAUGUGAGCGCUCGAUCUCAACGAGUUUGUAUGUGCUGGUUUGAUAAACAUGUUUUGUGUGUGUGUGUGUUUUCC